AAAAUCAUCCUAUGUGGAGGUGCCGGGGUUCGAACCCGGGGCCUUUCACAUGCGAAGCGAACGCUCUACCACUGAGCUACACCCCCAGGACACGCGUAUAUUCGAAAAUAUCCUAUAAAUCCGUUAUUCAUCACAAUAACUGCGUUGCGAUUGUUCAGCGUUAUUACGUUAAUAAAACUGUCGUACAUUGCUCCCAUGAGCAGCGGUAACCGCUUUGACAAUAUUCGUGCAAUUAUUCAUAGUCAUUACAGAAGCUAUAUCGAGAGAGAGAGAGAGAAGUUGGGCGAGAGAGCAAUGGCUCAGCCAAAGGAGGCAAAUGCAUGGCUCAGCACAGGCAGGCAGAAGCGGCAGAUGCUGUCAGAGUGAGGCUGCUAACGUGAUCGUGAUUCAUGCAUCAAUGUUUUACCGAAGCGUAGCCAGGUAGUACGCUUGGCCCGUCCACUACUGCCCAAGUCGUACAAGCUAAACGGCAGUCGUUAUCAGGCACCAUGCGUUCUGGAAGCGUGCGGAGGAAAACCACAAAAACUUCGUUUCGCGCAGAACUACGAACUUUGUUAGCCACUGCAGUGAGGCUCAACAUGCCACCUAGCGCCGUCGAUGAAUGCAUCAAAGAGGUGUUCUUCAGACGGAAACGAUCGCCAACAUGUGCGAGCACUUCAGCAACAAGUGUCUGCGCGCGAGUCACAAACAUCCUGAUGUGGUGCUUGAUUCUCUUGGUAUCAUUCAGAGUCAUCCUUCACAUUUGCUUCGAGGGCAUGACUCUAGACAGGUUAUACGACAUGUACAUGUACCCUGGGCUUCGAACUGCUCGGUUACUUGCCUUACCAUUGCUGAGCCAGUUUCCAUCGUUAGCAUAUUACCAUGAUAGAAAGUGCCUGGUUCAUAAUCCAUUUUUCAACCCAAUGAACGAAUCGGAAUGUUGGCCGUGCGAAAAUUUCAAGGCAAUUGUCGACUUGACCGGUCAUUCCGAGAUUGCCGUGAAUUACGUAUGGAGCCUUGUACCAUUUGUUGUAAAGGAUGCUCUGAAGCACAACAUCAGUGGAGAGCACAUGCAUCAGUUUUUAAAGGCACACCAUGAACUAACAGAUGAUACGUCUGCCAAGUUCUAUUCCACUCUCCAUGGUGUGGAGGAACCCCGCCAUUUACUUGACUGGCGAAAGUGGCAACAGGUGGAUGACCGUUAUUUUCAUAUAUCGUGGGAACUGGCAUCCCCUCCAGCUGCACGCAUUCUCAGGCAGGUUUUUCACAGGCCUUACUUUGUGCAAAACGUCUCUGAGGUGUCCCUGCAGAGAUUCCUGUUGUUUGAUGGUCCCGACGCACCAAGUUACUAUCUGCCCGAAACGGACUUCUCAAGUUCCUGGCUUGUGCAAGUAGAGGGAAACCGGCUUGUGGUGCUUGAACCCUCGGAACUUUGCAUCCGUGACUGCCGUCAGGUGUCGGUGCUUCUGAAGCCCAAUGACGUCUUGUACUUCAGCAGUACCAUCUCCAAGGCAAGGUUGAUACCUGUUCAUGUCGGAGAUCUGCCAAGCAUCACGUAUCUAGGCUCGUUCUACUGAAGCUUGUGCUGAAGUUCAUUUAGUGUUGAACAGUUCCUUUGGAAUAGCAUUUACUUUGCCUUUUUGACACCACGGCACUUUAUAGUUGUGCAAUCAGGUGCACCUGGAUAGAAUGUAUGGUGCUAUGCAUUAUGUACACACACCUGCCAACCUGUGAACUUUAGGAUUAGUGAAAUUCUGCACACACGACACCCAGAGGGGGUGGAGGAUAGCACACAUUUUUUUUUAUGCCCACCCUGAGCACACAUCUUUUGUGGGGUACAUACGCACUUUUAUUAAUGAUGAUUCAUCUUUAGAUGCAGGACACAAGCAACACAUUGUUUUUAGAUCACUAUUACUUUUUCGGUGACUUUGGUAUUUCUGUGUAAACUUGCUUGAAGCCAGUGGCCCUCUUGCAUCUUUUCACCAUUAGACUUCCAGCAAAAGGUUUGGGGAAUGACGAGCAAAACGUUUUCGUAAACACAGAUUAUUUUUCAUAGAACUUACACAACAUUCGUAAAAUAGUAAAGCGAGCCCAAAUUCAUGUAAACUCAACACAAAAUUCGGGAGAAUCGGCAGGUAUGGUGUAACUCAGGUGUUCUGGCUGGUUGUUCACUUUUCUUUAAAAUCAAAUGAGCUUUUUGAAAGCUUUGCCAACCACCUAUAAGCUGCGCAGCUGUGACAGGAGAGAGAGAGAGCUGUGUGUGGCACAAAAUCUUGGUGGAGCAGGUCACUAAACCAGCAUCUGAUGCAACCCAACUGAUUACUCGUGUGAUUGUGUGCAGGUGCAUAGCAUUUUGUUUAGUUUGCACAAGGCUGUGUGCAAUUGCAUCUAGUGUGCAGUAGUACGCCUCAUUUGCUGCUGCCUUUUUACUGUGUUCAUAAGCAAUGCCACUCAUGGUUUGUCCAGUGCAGAGUUGUUGACACUCAAGUUUUGUCAACAGCCUGCUGUGCCCAUGAGAAGUGCAAAUGGUGCCUUUUUGCUACUCUGAUUAUUGAAUGGAUUGCUGUUUUGUGUUAAGACCCUCUUAUUGCAGCCAACGUUGCGGAAGCUGUGCAAGUAGUACGGUCAUAUAAGACUCACCCUGUGCGUUUCUGAUUUGCGACAUUUUCCACGAAGUAACUACUUCGUAUAUUACUGCUACUUGUGGUCAUAAAGUUGCAUCAAAUCACAUAUUUGUGCACCUUAGCGCUUCCAGUAUGCCACAUGCCAUGUCUUGGUCUCGAGCGCAGCCUGUGCACUGUGGCCACUGGUCACGGAAACAUGCCACUUCGCUCUUUCAUUGGUAGCUUCACAAAGAAUCAGUAGCGCAAAAUAGAAGAGCCUCCCCCCCCCCCCCCCCUCCAAGAACACACAGACUGCUCUCAUUACGGAUUGGCCAACGUGUGUUUGCUGCAGUGCACGAAAUUGAUGAGUCCAAAUAUAGUUGCUUUCCUACAAAACCUUUGUACAGCGGAAGCGUGCAACACUAGGCUAUUUGGUUCUACAUGGCUUUGAAGGUAAAACUAUGUAAAGCGGUACUAACAACUGGAGGGUCUAUUGCGAAGACAGCGCUUCGUGGUGUGUGUUCGUUUCUUCUGUCCGUCAUUGUUCUUUGUGCUGUGCUCUAAAAUGACCAUCAAAUUAUUAGUUGGGAAGCUCUCCUUCCAGCAACAGUGGUAUGCUCUUUAUCUUAGCGCAAUAAUGUAUUAAUUGAGGCUGAUAAUUUUUGCUCUUGUGUCCCUUCAAGCCAUAAAUAAUAGCACGCACUGUAGCUACGUGUUGCUUCAACUGUGCUGCCGCUACUAACACUUGUAAAAUUGUCUGUGCAUGUGAACUUGGUAGUAAUUAUUCCCUUUAUCCAUGAAGAAAUGUUGCUCAAAGCUAAAGAACACAGCACACAUUAGACCUGCACCUUUGUGACUGGCAGUCUGAUGCACACAAAGAUAGGUUGAUCAUUUCCAGGAAUAGCGAGUGUAUACUAUACUCAGAUAAUGCAACACAAAAAAAGCUUUCGCGAGCUGGUGUUGUUUCCAUCAGCAUUGUUUUUGCGAACAGCUUAGUUGUGUCAUAGAUUCACAGGGUUUCGAUAAACAGCGACAAUGUCCCACACAUUCCCUCUGAAAGAGCCUCACAGUUCUUUCUAUUAACCCUUUCAGACGCUAUGUACACCAAGAUAGUACAUCAACAGCAAAAGCACUGAUGAAAGUAAUCAUAUUUAACAUGUGCCGCAUAUAUCUUUAAACACUUAUGAUUGGAAUUGUGUUGCAAUUUUGGAUAACAUGUGCAAAAUGUUUUCGUAAAAUGGGUCGGAAG